AUGGCGGCCUUUUCACCGAUGUUAAGGCAGCUGGGCUGCGUGCGCUCGUCGCUGAGGACCAGGGAACUGGUUCAGCCCCAGAUCGCCCGGCGGGCACUGUCGACUGUGUAUUCUGCACGACCGCAGCCAACUCCUCUGCCCGAGAAACUGCCCGAGGCAUUCCUGUCGCAGCUUCCCCAGCGACUGCGGCCUGAUCAGGAGCCCAAAAAACUGAAGAUCUAUCCGCCUCCGCCGUCGACUCGUGCCGUCUGCAGAGACCCUAUUGCUACUCUUACAACGUCACAGUUGUCGGUGCUUGACCCUACCAGCGAGCGCAAAAAACUGUUUGAUUACCGCAGGAACCCCCGGAGCGUGAAGGUCGGCGACAUUCUGCGGGUCACGUUCAAGAACGGCGAUCCGUUCUCCGGCGUCUGUUUGAGCAUCCGAUUGAGAGGCAUUGACACCUCGUUUUUGCUACGUAACGAGCUUACUCGCACUGCGGUUGAGAUGUCCGUCAAGCUGUUCAGCCCGAACGUCAAGAGCGUGGAGAUUGUGGAGAGAACAGCGACGCGGAAGAGGAGGGCGCGCUUGUACUACAUGCGGCAACGGAAGCAUGACGUCCGCAGUGUUGAAGGCACUGUGUGGCACUACCUCCGACAGAAGACAUCAGUCACCGGCCAAGUUUCCGGUGGACGAAAGAAGAAGAAUUGA